AGUGCGCCGAGAGUGGGGCGGGUUUCUGCGUGGGUCCUCAUCCCAGUUCUGGGGCAUGUAGAGGACAGUCAGGUGUCACUACCUCCGUUCACUGGAGGAUGGCCCGUACUAUGGAACCACUAGCAAAGAAGAUCUUUAAAGGAGUUUUGGUAGCUGAACUUUUAGGCAUUUUUGGAGCAUAUUUUUUGUUUAACAAGAUGCACGGAAGCCAAGAUUUUAGGCAAACAAUGAGCAAGAAAUUUCCCUUCAUCUUGAAAGUUUAUUACAGAUCCACUGAGAUGUCUGGAAUAUAUGGAAUCAGAGAGCUAGAUGAAAAAAAAUGGUUGGAGAGCAAAAAUUAGACCCAGUCAUCACGUUCGGCCUCCCAUCUAAGCUGUUUGAGACCUUUGGGAGAAGAAAAGAUGAGUGUACUAUCCCACUUGGCGGUCCCACAGAACAUGCUGCUGAGUCAAAAGAACUGCUAGCCUGCCUUGGCCUGCAGUUUCCCACCCACUAUACAAAUUCACUGCUUCUUGUUUGUUGCUUUUCUUCUUAUAUUUAUUGUCAAAGAUUAAUGUUUUCAUUAAGAAAUGACUAAGUAAUGAAAAGAAACAAAUGCUCUAAAGAUUUUCUUUCCCUAAGCACUUUUACUGGUGAAAUAAAAACCAGUAACAGUCAA